ACAGGUUAUAUUCAAGUUGAUCAAUUACACUACUGUGUGUUUUCUAUAUUUCUUAUUAUUUUGCGCAAGCACCCGAAAUAGUAAUGUCUGAAACAAAGUUUCGGCACUCAACUGCGAGAGUACCCCGUUUGUAUAAAGAGGCUGGAAAGAUUGUUCAAAAAGUUAGAGAGGAAGGAGGAAGUUUUAAAGGUCUUGUGUUUCAAUCCAAACAGAGGAGUUUGCUGAAAAGCCUGUAUGCAUUGGUGGCUGAGACUCUUCGUCAUGGUUCUGAGCUUGAUGCACUUCUACGCCAAACUCAAAUUUUAAUUAAAGAGCCUCGUUUGGAUCCAUGGCUUGCGCGUGUUCUUAUAACCGAGCUUGUGUGGCGACAGCGCCCUCUCUCUGGUCCAGCCAUGCCUUUGAAGAUAGUUCAAAGCUACAAAUCCCAGUUUCUUUCAGAGCAAAAUAACUUAUCCAUCAAUCUACCACAAGCAGCUUCCAGAGCUAGUCGUCCCAGAUUUAUACGCAUCAACACACUGAAAGCAUCGGAAGAUGAAGUUAUUAACUUUUUUCUCCAAGAGGGAUGGCAUUUACAAACUGUGGAAGAUGUUGGAACCUCUGAGGAUAAGAAGUACAGUCAUUUUCUCCAAAAAAUAUCUUCAUUGUCUGAGAGGGAAUUUAUCAAAGACAUUCAUAUCCCUAAUCUUUUGGUAUUUCCUGGAAACAUGGAGUUUUAUAACAUAGAACUCUAUCAUACAGGCUCUAUUCUUUUACAAGAUAAGGCAAGUUGCAUGUCAGCCUUCUUACUGAAUGCCCCACUUGGUAGCACUGUGUUAGAUAUGUGUGCUGCUCCUGGCAUGAAGACAACUCACAUUGCUGCAACUCUCAACAAUAUAGGGACUAUAUAUGCCAUAGAGAAGCACCCUGCUCGGUUUGACAGUCUUUGCCAAAUUGUUUCUCAAGCAGAAGCCACCUGUGUCAAACCCAUCUGUGGAAGUUCUUUAGACUUCACUCAUAAAGACCUUCCUGAUGUAGAGUAUAUAAUUGUGGAUCCUACAUGCUCAGGCACAGGGAUGACUAGUCGCAAGGAAUUGUUUAGUGACACAGAAGAUGUAUCAAAGGCUCGUUUAGAGAAGCUAGCUGGGUUUCAAUGUGCCAUUCUCCGCCACGCUAUGCAAAAUUUUCCAAAUGUUAAAAGGAUUGUUUACUCAACCUGCUCUUUAUGUCCUGAAGAAAAUGAAGCUGUAAUGGAGGAAGUUUUAAAAUCAACUCCCCCUAAUUUCAAAGCAAUAGUUCCUUCUAAUUGCACCCAGUGGAUGAAGAGAGGUUCCAAUUCUUAUGAACAAGGUGACUGUGGACUUUAUGCUAGGCCAGAAGUGGAUUUGACUAACGGGUUCUUUGUAGCAGUGUUUGAGCGCACAGAAAAUGAGUAUGUUUUGAAGGAGCCCAUUGAUUUGACUCAAGUGGAAGUUGGUAAAGAGGACUUGAAAAAAAAGAAAAAGAAAAAAGACAAUAAGAAGGCAACUGAUGAAGAGACUGUUCGUGCUCCAGAACCAGUCAACCCAGCUUUUGAAAGAAUGAAAAGAGCUAUGGGUAAUUUUAAUACUGCAUUAGAAAAUGGAAGUGCCAAUGAACUUAAUGGUGAUACUAUUCAGGAAUCAAAGUCAAGUAAAAAGUCAAAAAAAAAGAAAGUGGAUAAAGAACAAGAGACCAAUGAGGAUUUUAUACCUCUAGAGCCGUGUACAGAAAAGAAAAAGAAAAGAAAGUCUCAUAUUGAUGAAGAACACCUGACAGAAACGGGAAAUAUACAUGAAAACAAUUUCACAGAUAGCAUUUCUAAGAAGAAAAAAAAGAAGAAAAAGUCCAACGAGUUGGACGAGGAUGCAGAUGGUGAUAAUAUCGUGGCUCAAGACUCCAUUGAAAGUGCCCCAGUCGAAUCCAUUUCAAAGAAGAAAAAGAAAAAGAACAAGAGAAAUUCUGAGUAAUG